AUGGGAUUCCAAGACAUUCGGAAUGAAGGGUUUGUCUCUGAAGAGUUUUUAAUCAAUCUUGAUGGCAUCAAAGGUCCUUUCACGGUGUCAGGUUGCUGGAGGUUCUCCAACCCAUGGGAAGAUACAGAGGUGACACAGUAUUACCGAUGCCUUGAUCUGCUGUUGAACAUCGUUCCUCCAUCGGACGUUAAUGCAAGCUCCCCGAGGAACGCUACCGGGACUGGCCUGGAGACUAUCGUCCGCGCAUGCUGCGCGGGUCAAGCACCUACCAGCUCCUUCGAAGCAACUCUGAAAGUGGUUCUUGUCCCUCACAAUGGGUACCUCUGCAGGAGCGACAUCCUCGAUAUAAGAAUGCAGCAUUCUGAACAUGUGGACUCCGUCAUUCGGCUAUCAACUUCUGGCAGUCAUCAUUCAUCCGUUCCAGACGAGGGCGUAAAUACUUUGCUUGAUUUGUUGGCCUUGUCUCCUGGUGCACUCCUUGGGAAGAAGUCUGAAGCUUCAUAUAUCGACACGCUGCGGGGCAUAGACGACGAUCUGAAGAACCGUUUGUCGUUUGACUGGGUGCUUGCAACGCCACCGCCAUCUCGCACGGUAGCCGUGGUCGGAGGCCGUCCUGCCUUCGACAUGAAGAGAGGAUCUUAUGGAUCCCAAGGGCCUUUUGAGGCAGCCCAAGCUCUCGGGAUCUCGGUCAUCGUUCUCGACCGGCCAGGACACUGGCUGGAGGGUGACACCUACGCCUACCUCCGUGACGACUUUAUCGCCAUAGAUGUGACGAAGGAGGCUGAGUUGCCGUCCAACAUCGCAAAAUCCCUGAGCGGAAGAGCGAUCGAUGGUAUCGUGACGUUCUCGGACGAAUACGUGAUCGCUACCGCGAAAGCUGCUGAAUUGAUGGGCCUCCCAACCGAGCCUGUCCGAGCAAUCCUGCAGGCCCACCACAAGGAUGAGACUCGUAAACUUGUCAACAAUCCCAAUGUUCAAGCUCUACGCUUGGAGAGUGCAGCGCAGCUGGACGACGCGUCCACAGCAGAACGACUGGCAACUCUACGGUAUCCCUUGAUUGUGAAACCGUGUCGUGGUGGCGCAUCUCGAGGGGUCAAGAAAGUCCACGACCAGGACAGCAUGCGCCAAGCGAUACAGGCCAUGGAAGAAGAGGGGUUCGCGAAACAUGGGGUACUCCUCGAGACUUAUGUUGACGGGCCGGAGGUGGAUGCCAAUUUCGUGCUCUGGGACGGCGAGCUGCUCUUCUGCGAGAUAUCGGACGACUUUCCUUGCCAGGCAGACGCAUCGGACGCUACGCUGGCUGACAACUUUGCCGAAACCCUGAUGUUCCUCCCUAGCCGGUUGCCUGCGCGGGAGAUUGAAGUCCUCCGGUCGUCUUUGCAUCGCAGCCUGCUGCAGUUGGGAUUCCGUACGGGUGUCUAUCACGUCGAGGCCCGGGUCCAGAACUCGUCCAUGUGCUACAAGGAGGUUGACGGUGUCCUAGACCUGGUGGACUCUGGUGCCCCCAUGGAGGGCCAGCCAGAUGCGUUCCUGAUCGAGGUCAACGCUCGUCCACCGGGGCUGGCAUGUGUGUUCUCCACGCUCUACACAUAUGGCGUGGAUUUCUGUGGACUCCAAUUCCUGCAAGCCCUUGGGGAUCGCGAGCGCUAUGCGGCUCUGUCCAAGCCAUUCGCCAACCUCGCCCAGUAUGGAUGCGGGAACUGCAAGAUUCCAGUUCAUCGUGAAAACAUUCUCGUGCCGGACGGGUUCUUCGAGAAGUUGUUCAAGAUACUACCUGAUGUAGCGCCGCACGUGUCCAGGGCGGAACUGCUUCGACAGCCUGGAGACAUUGUGUCGCCAUCGGGCGGCGCCGGGUUUAUCGGCUACGUCUUGCUAUACUCGAGAACGAGCAGACGACAUGUCCUAGAGAUGAGUGACCGUAUCCGGCAAGUCUCAAAGCAGAUUUUGGACACUCUUUAG